GGUCUGGGGAAUAUGAAGUUGUGAACUGAACUAAUGGGAGAGGGAAUUUCUGCCCACCGUGUGUCUUUGCCAGGUGAGGCACAAGCAGGAAGUGCAAGCCUAAAGCCUGGGUUGCCUAUGCAGGCACUGACCCACUGACCCUGCCAUGCCCGCACCACUGCUCCCACUGCUGUUGCGAGUGCUGCUGUCCCGUCUGCUGCUGCCUGCUGCCCGCCUGGCCCGCCAGUACCUCCUGCCCCUGCUGCGCAGAUUGGCCCAUCGCCUGGACUCCCAGGACAUGCGAGAGGCUUUGCUGGGCUGUCUGCUGUUCAUUCUCAGCCAGCGACACCCGCCGGAUGCUGGGGAGGCCUCCAGAGUGGACCGCUUGGAGAGGAAAGAGAGGUUAGGCUCCCAAAAAUGA